CCUGGAAACAACGAGGACAAGGCGACGUUAAGGUCCAAUAUAAGUAAGGAUUUGAAAAAAUAUAAAGAUAAAUCACAUCAAUUGGUUAUAUUUACGAAAGAAGAAGUAAAACAAAAGAAGAAUGAAAUAGCUAUGUCGGAUGAAUAUGAAAAAUUGACAUCAGAUCCAUUAAAGGAAAUACAGAAUAAUUUAGUGAAAAUAAUCAAGAAACAUAAACAGUACUUUUCGAGUCAACAGAUAAUUGACAGACCGUCAUACAGCAUCAAGGAUACAGAUGAAUUAAUUAAUGGAUUACUGAAAGAGUUUUUUCGCCAAAAAGAUGGAAUAUCAAUGGGAUCAGUGAUUGGACCUAAACUAGCAGAGAUUUGCAUGAAACCAAUUGAUGACAGUAUAUCACAAAUACCAGGUAUUGAUUUUUAUGCCCGAUAUGUGGAUGACAUAUUAAUUAUCUUUGAUUCUUGUGUAGUAACACCUCGUGAAAUAGAAGAUUAUGCGAAUACCUUAAAACCCAAUAUAAAGUUUACUAGUGAAAUAGAACAAAACCAGGAAAUAAACUAUUUGGAUGUGACUAUUAAACGUGAGAAAACGCAACUACUGUUCCGUAAGUACGAAAAACUGUGUAAUACAGAAAAAACAAUUAGUUAUAAAUCUUAUUGCCCUAUAGAAACUAAGAAAAACGUUUUUUCCAUGGAAUUGAGGAAAAUAUUAAACAGAACAACACUCCAGGAAGAUAUAGAUAAAGAAAUUAAACAAUUAUUUAGAAAAUAUUUAAUGAAUGAUUAUCCAAAGAACAAAAUUUUUGCCAAGCAGGAAAAUAAAAUGUCAAAUAUCAUUAAUAUUAUCAAUACCAAAGGUCAGAAAACAGUAAGAAAUCAGCUUGAUGUCGCAGGAGUGGUGUACAAGAUAUCAUGUGAUUGCUUACAAGCGAAAUCAUAUGUUGGAGAAACAGGACGGAAACUCGAGAUACGCCUAAAAGAACAUGAGGCGGCGAUUCGUUUAAAAAGACAAGAGUCACCAUGGUAUCAACAUUGUGUUACUUAUAACUGUAAAAUUAAUAGAAGUUCGAUAAAAAUAUUGUAUAAAAUGGAAAAUUUGUUUAAAAGACGCGUGGUAGAACAUUUAUGUAUAAUAGAAUAUGCAAAUUUACUAAAUCAGAAUGUCGGUCUAAACGUUGAUGCAUGCUGGGAAAAGUUCCUUUGUAUAAAAGGGAACAGGUGUCUAGUUGUUUGAUUAUCCACUGAAGAGGCUGUAACGGCGAAAUGCAUUUGGAAAACAAUUUGAAAUUUACGAAAAUAAAAGAAUUAACCCUGGUUAAAGUAAUGUAUCUUUGUUGAUUUACUGUUUGUCUGCUAAUGCAAAUUGCUCGAAGUCGGUUUUUGAAAGAGUGUCUUAAUUUACUCGUCUUUUAUUUUUAAAAAUUAUAUUUUUAGAAAUUUUACCGAUCUCAUUGUUUUA